AACGGGUCCACUAGUUGGAGGAAAACCCAAAGCAGGCAGGGCAGGCAGCGACCAGCCCAAGCCUCCAGCAUCGUCCUCCUCGGCUAAUCCGCCCCGCCUCCGAUACUCCCAAGGCGGCAGCAGCAGCGGCAGCAACAACAACAGCAAGGGAGCCAAGGCCAACUAUCUCAAAGCCUCACUACCCUCUUUCCCUCCUCCUGCCCCUCCCGUCCCCGCAAUGGCCGGUCUCCUCCACCUCCACUCCACGCUGCUGCCCUCGGCGUCCCUGCUCCGCCAACGCGGCGGCGCGCAGGCCGUGCCGCGGCGCCGGCGCGCGUGCCGGGUGGAGGCCAAGAUCCGGGAGAUCUUCAUGCCGGCCCUCAGUUCCACCAUGACGGAGGGCAAGAUCGUCGCCUGGAACGCCGCCGAGGGGGACCGCCUCGCCAAGGGCGACCCUGUUGUUGUCGUGGAGUCUGAUAAGGCCGACAUGGACGUCGAGACCUUCCACGACGGGUUCCUCGCCGCCGUACUCGUCCCCGCGGGAGAGUCCGCGCCCGUCGGCUCCGCCAUCGCGCUCCUCGCCGAGUCCGAGGAGGAGAUCCCGCUCGCCCGGUCCCAGGCUGCCAACUUCUCCUCCUCCGCCGCCGCCUCGCCGCCGGCCCCCCAGGAAACCGUCGCCCAAGAAACGUCCCCUGCUCCGCCUCCUCCGGCGCCCGUAGCAGUCUCUGCGCCAGCACUGCCCUCACCGGCCACACAGGGCGGGGCGCGCGUGGUUGCCUCGCCUUAUGCCAAGAAGCUCGCAAAGGAGCUCAGCGUUGAUCUAUUCGCAGUCAGUGGCUCUGGCCCAGGGGGGAGAGUUGUGGCAAAGGACGUAGAGGCUGCGGCAGCUGCCCCCAAGAAAGCUGCGCCAGAGCCAGCUGCUCGACCAGAUGUUCCAUUGGGAUCCACGGCGCCAUUCACCACAAUGCAGGGCGCUGUGAGCAAGAACAUGGUGGAGAGCCUUGCUGUGCCGGCGUUCAGGGUAGGGUACACCAUCACAACCGAUGCUCUCGAUGUGCUCUACAAGAAAAUUAAGGCAAAGGGUGUGACAAUGACAGCGCUGCUGGCGAAGGCUACAGCGAUGGCGCUGGUGCAGCAUCCUGUGGUGAACUCCAGCUGCAGAGAUGGGCAGAGCUUUACUUACAACAGUAGCAUCAACAUUGCUGUCGCGGUGGCCAUCGAUGGUGGAUUGAUAACCCCCGUGCUCCAGGAUGCUGAUAAGCUUGAUAUUUAUUCACUGUCAAGGAAAUGGAAGGAGCUGGUUGAUAAGGCUCGUGCAAAGCAGCUGCAGCCCCAGGAGUACAACUCUGGUACCUUUACUCUUUCAAACCUCGGUAUGUUUGGAGUUGAUAGAUUCGAUGCGAUCUUGCCACCUGGAACUGGAGCAAUCAUGGCUGUUGGCUCAUCACAACCGACAGUUGUUGGUACAAAAGAUGGUAGAAUUGGGAUCAAGAGCCAAAUGCAGGUCAAUGUUACUGCUGAUCAUCGGGUUAUUUAUGGAUCUGAUCUUGCCGCUUUUCUGCAAACUCUGUCCAAGAUAAUUGAGGAUCCCAAGGACCUUACAUUCUAGACGCACCAAGUGAUUCUUUUUCCCUGAUGCGAUCACAUAGGAUGCUUGUCAGUAGAUGUGUAGCAUGUUGGUGGUGUGAAUUAGUUACUUAAGUUGCCAGAUUUGUUGGUAUCAGGUAACCUUGUUACCUUCUCCCCAUUGGUUUGUUUAUCAAUAAUCCUUUUACCUUCUAUUCAGAUAGGUGUCAGGCAUGAGUAUUUACCUGAGUGUUUAUUAAUUGUUGAUUACGUUGAGCUCGAUGUGCAAGUACAAUGGAUCAUGUCACUGCCACCUUUGAAUACAAAGAAAUGAAAUGAACUUUUAUCAUCAA